AUGUUAAGACUACAUACCUUUAAAGUUCUUGGAAUCAAGUGGAACUCAGAUGGCUCAUUAGAAAGAGAGAUACAAAUACCAACGGUGAAUGCAACCCCAUUUGCUGAUCCGAAACAUCAUACUCAGGUCGCCCUUUCGACAGACAUACAACUCAGCCCCAACAGUGGAGCCUAUAUCCGGCUCUAUAUACCGGUGAAUCCCCCAACAGACAAAAAGCUUCCACUCGUCAUCUACUUACAUGGAGGUGACUUCGUGUUGUUUAGUGUAUCUACUGUUGUUUUUCAUGAGUUCUGCAACAACAUUGCUGCACAGUUCCCAGCUGUGGUAGCCUCUGUUGAGUACAGACUGGCCCCCGAAAAUCGCCUCCCGGAAGCUUAUGAAGAUGCAUUGAAUGCUAUUUUUUGGGUUCAGUCCCAAGCACAGGGUGCCUUUGGUCGUGAUCCAUGGUUAGAUUAUGCUGAUUUUUCAAGGGUUUUCUUGAUGGGCAGUGGCGCAGGUGCCAACAUAGUUUACCACGCAGCUAUUCGUGCAUUGGAUUUCGAUCUUCGACCAAUAAGAAUCCAAGGGAUUCUAAUGAACCAGCCCUUUUUCGGCGGAGUUCAAAGGACUCCGUCAGAGAUUAGACUUAUCGAAGAUGCUUAUGUUCCUUUAUAUGUAUGCGAUGUAUUGUGGUCAUUAGCAUUGCCACCCAAUGUUGAUCGUGAUCAUGAAUUUUGUAAUCCAUUGUCAGGUGAUUCUUACGUCGGACGGGUCCCACGUCUCCCAAGAUUCUUUAUUAAAGGCGAUGAAGGUGACCCACUCGUCGAUCGAGCCACACAGUUGGUACAGUUGUUGCAGUCAUAUGGAGUGCCAGUGGUUUAUCAAUUUAAUCAAGGAGGUUAUCAUGGUAUAGAACUUUUAAAUGAGACUGAAGCUCAGUAUUUGUAUAGUGCUAUGAGGGAUUUCGUUUACUCUACCAGAGUUACUGAAGAUAUCUAA